GUCCUUCCGUCCGGAAACAAAACCCCCUCCUCCUCCUCCUCCUCCUCCGUGUCUCUCUAACCUAAACCCCCCUCUCCUCUCCCCGCUCUCUCCACCAACAAUCCAAGAGCAAGGAAAAGCCACUUUGCUUCCCAUACGAAGGGGGAGAGCCGGAGAAGGAGGCUCCAAGAUCCCGCAUUUUGUGUUGGGUGCCGUCGAUUCGCGCGGCGGCGCCUCUGCCACGAUGGAUCAGGACGACGACGACCGCGUGGCGGCGUCACUCGCGGCGGCGCGGCGCACGCUACGGGCCGGCGUGGAGAAGUCGCGUGCGCUGGGCCAGGCGCUGGCCCGCGCGGGGCCCCGCCUCGAGGAGAUCCAGGUGGCGCUGCCGGCGCUCGAGGCCGCCGUGCGCCCGAUCCGCGCGCCGCGGGCCGAGCUCGCCGCGGCGGGCCCGCACAUCGACCGCGCCGUGGGGCCCGCCGCCGCCGUGCUCAAGGUCUUCGACGCCGUCCACGGCCUCGAGCCGCCGCUCCUGGCGCCCGGCGCCGCGGACGGCGACCUGCCCGGGUACCUCGCCGUGCUCGGCCGCCUCGAGGAGGCGCUCAGGUUCCUCUCCGAUAACUGCGGCCUCGCCGCGCAGUGGCUCGCCGACAUUGUUGAGUACCUCGGCGACCGCGACCUCGCCGACCCGCGCUUCCUCGCCGACCUCGGGGUCACGCUAGACGAACUCAGGAGACCUUCCGGCGACCUAGACGGCGGCCUCCUCGCCGCCGCCCUCGAUAUUCUCGAGGCCGAGUUCCGCUGCCUCCUCGCCGACCACUCCGCCCCGUUUGCGAUGCAGCAGCACGGCGCCGCCCCCGCCUCCGUUGCGCCCUGUCGCAUCCCCGCCGCCGCGGUCCACAAGCUCAGCCUGAUUCUUGAUAGCCUCGUGGCCAACGGCAGGCAAGACCGCUGCGUGUCCGCGUACACUGAAGCACGCGGGAGUGUGGUGAGUGCCAGUCUUCGUGCUCUCGGUCUCGAUUACUUGCGCGACCCGGCUCAAGACGCCCAGGCGUUGGGACCUGCCGUUGAGUUGUGGGGGCGGCAUUUGGAGUUUGUGGCGCGCAGCCUCCUCGAGUCCGAGCGUCAGCUCUGUGCCAAGGUGUUUGGGCUGCACAAGGAUGCUGCAUCCUCAUGCUUCGCCGAGGUGGCAGCGCAAGCCAGUGUUCUUGAUUUCUUGAGGUUUGGCCGUGCAGUUUCUGAUGCCAAGAAGGAUCCCAUCAAGCUCCAGCGGUUGCUGGAGGUGUUUGAUUCUUUGAAUAAGCUGAGAUUGAACUUCAAUCAAUUGUUCGGAGGGAAAGCGUGUGCAGAGAUUCAGAGCCAGACGAGGGACCUUGUGAAAUUGGUGGUGGAUGGUGCCGUUGAGAUCUUUGAGGAGUUGAUUGUGCAGGUGGAGCUACAGCGGCACAUGCCUCCCCCAGUUGAUGGGGGUGUGCCGCGCUUAGUUACCUUUGUCGUCGAGUACUGCAAUCGUCUACUUGGUGAGCAAUACAGGCCUGCGCUUGGGCAGGUGCUCACCAUCCAUCGCAGCUGGCGCAAAGAGGUGUUCAAUGACAUGAUGCUUGUUGACGCGGUGCUCAACAUUGUCAAGGCCCUUGAAGCUAACUUUGAAGUUUGGUCCAAGGCGUAUGACAAUGCAACGCUGUCGUAUCUCUUCAUGAUGAACACCCAUUGGCAUUUCUUUAAGCACCUGAAGGCUACUAAGCUAGGCAAGAUCUUAGGUGAUGUGUGGCUGCGGGAGCAUGAACAAUAUAAGGAGUACUAUUUGACUGUGUUUAUCAGGGAGAGUUGGGGAGCACUUUCGCCGCUACUGAACCGGGAGGGAUUAAUAUUGUUCUCCAAAGGCCGGGCCACGGCGAGGGACCUGGUUAAGCAGCGCCUCAAAACAUUCAAUUCGAGCUUUGAUGAGAUGUUUUGCAGGCAAUCAUCGUGGGUUAUACCAGACAAGGAUUUACGGGAGAAGGCAUGUAAUCUUGUGGUGCAGACAAUUGUUCCUUGUUACCGUAGCUACAUGCAGAACUAUGGCCCACUUGUGGAGCAAGAGGGAAGCUCCAGCAAAUAUAUAAAGUACACCGUUGAUGGUUUGGAAAAGAUGCUCAGUACGCUCUUCAUGCCCCGGCCCAGGAGAGCUGGGAGCUUCCAAAUCAGGCACUCGAGUGGCAAGAUUACCGGUGCGAUGACCGGGUUGCAUCGGAGUGCUUCUGCAGUGAAAUAGCUUAUGUUGAAGAACCAAAAGAUUGGAUCUAAUAUUAUGCAAUAACUGGAUAUGUGAGAAAUGAUCCAUUUUGAGCCAGUCAGCGCUGGAUAGAUGACCCAAUAAUGGACCCAUGAUGAGAGCAGUGGUGGAAUAUGAACAUAAGCUCCUCUUUAGUUGGCAUGGUAAAGCGAAGAUGGUUUAAGCAUUUGUUCAGUACCUAUUUGUGAUGUUAUUUCCUCCUCGAUUAUCCUCUCUUGUUUUUGUACUUCUGUUAGUGCCCCUAGCACCAUAUCAUUCAUUUGGAGGAUAUUCAAUCAGCUGUGUAGUGUAUGUAAAAUCGGUUGUAUUUUAGGUGAAGCUGUGGACAUUAGCUGUUCCAUGUACUGAAAGUUGAGCUCAUUAUGUGUAGCGUAUCAUGUGGAAACAUUAGACUGGCAGUCCCUGGAUUUUUCAUUGAGGCUCUGCGAUUUGUUUGGUAAACUGGAACUGAUAUA